AUAAAUUGGAGCUGGGAGAGAUCAAUUUCAAGUCACUAACAUCAAACAUCUUCUCUUCAGACACCUUUUACCAACCAUACAGUAUAUCCCUCAAUGGCACCCAUCUAUUCUUCUUCUCCAGCUGUUUCGACAGCCAUGGUCAUCUCUGUAGUGGUGAGCUUCCUAAUGGCUGCCUCAGCAGGUAACUUCAACCAAGACUUUGAUAUCACUUGGGGAGACGGGCGUGCUAAGAUACUCAACAGUGGAGAGCUUCUCACUCUUUCCCUUGACAAGACCUCUGGAUCUGGUUUCCAGUCCAAGAAUGAGUAUCUGUUUGGGAAGAUCGAUAUGCAGCUCAAACUUGUUCCUGGAAACUCUGCUGGAACUGUCACUGCCUACUAUUUAUCUUCACAAGGGCCAACCCAUGAUGAAAUCGACUUUGAAUUCCUGGGCAAUCUCAGUGGCGAUCCAUACAUUCUUCACACUAAUGUGUUCGGCCAAGGCAAGGGAAACAGAGAGCAGCAGUUCUACCUUUGGUUUGACCCGACUGCUGAUUUCCAUACCUAUUCCAUCCUUUGGAAUCCCCAGCGGAUUAUCUUCUCGGUGGAUGGCACCCCCAUCAGGGAGUUCAAGAACUCUGAGUCAAUUGGUGUUCCAUACCCAAAGAAUCAGCCCAUGAGGAUAUACUCUAGUCUCUGGAAUGCUGAUGACUGGGCAACAAGAGGUGGGCUUGUGAAGACAGACUGGACCCAAGCUCCCUUCACUGCUUCCUAUAGGAACUUCAAUGCAGAUGCCUGCAUCUGGUCUUCUGGAGCAUCUUCUUGCAGUUCAAAUACCCCCACUUCUACCUCCACCAGUACUGACUGGUACUCACAAGAGCUAGAUUCCACAAGCCAAGAGAGAAUGAAAUGGGUGCAGAAGAAUUACAUGAUCUACAAUUACUGCACAGACACAGAGCGAUUCCCACAAGGCCUUCCUCCUGAAUGCACUGCCGCCACCACAUCCUAGAAGGAAACACGACCUUGAGGCCAUUCACUUUAUUGUUUGCUUCUGUAAUCUCAAAAUUCUAUUCUUUCAUUCUUUAUCAUUUUAGUUACCAAGUGAAUAACAGAGACCACAUUGUUUACAGUGUAAUGUAUUCAUAAAAUAGAAUUUUGCUUUCUCUAUGAAUGGCAUGUAACAUUAUCUCAACCUCAA